GCCGCCAGGAACAAAGAUGGCCGGGGCGGCCUCGGCGAGGGCAGCCUGAUCCGAACGCCAGGCACCCGGCGGGACAGCAAAGGCAGAGUGGCAGCCGCGCGGUCGGGAGCAUGGAGGAGGGCAGCAGCAGCAGCGGCGGCGGCGGCGGCGGCGGCAGUGGUGGCAGCGACAGCAACACCAGCGGGAGUGGCGGGGCGCAUCAGAGAGAGCUGGAGCGCAUGGCUGAAGUCCUGGUGACCGGGGAGCAGCUCCGGCUGAGGCUCCAUGAAGAAAAGGUUAUUAAAGAUAGACGGCAUCAUCUCAAAACCUACCCGAACUGCUUUGUCGCGAAAGAACUCAUUGACUGGUUGAUUGAACACAAGGAGGCCUCUGACCGAGAGACGGCAAUAAAACUCAUGCAGAAAUUAGCCGACCGGGGCAUCAUUCAUCACGUGUGUGAUGAGCACAAGGAAUUCAAGGAUGUAAAACUCUUCUACCGCUUCAGAAAGGAUGACGGUACCUUCCCGCUGGACAACGAAGUGAAGGCCUUCAUGAGAGGACAGAGGCUGUAUGAAAAACUGAUGAGUCCGGAAACCACACUCCUCCAGCCCAGGGAAGAGGAAGGGGUGAAGUAUGAGAGAACCUUCAUGGCUUCUGAAUUCCUAGACUGGUUGGUUCAAGAAGGAGAGGCCACAACCAGGAAAGAGGGAGAGCAGCUGUGCCACCGGCUUAUGGAGCAUGGCAUCAUACAGCAUGUCUCCAACAAGCACCCAUUUGUGGACAGCAAUCUCCUCUACCAAUUCAGAAUGAACUUCCGCCGGAGGCGAAGACUGAUGGAGCUGCUCAAUGAAAAGUCCCCGUCCUCCCAGGAGACACAUGACAGUCCCUUCUGCCUGAGGAAGCAGAGCCAUGACAAUCGGAAAUCUACCAGCUUUAUGUCAGUCAGCCCCAGCAAAGAGAUCAAGAUCGUGUCUGCCGUGCGGAGGAGCAGCAUGAGCAGCUGCGGCAGCAGCGGCUACUUCAGCAGCAGCCCGACGCUCAGCAGCAGCCCCCCUGUGCUCUGCAACCCCAAAUCCGUGCUGAAGAGACCCGUUACUUCUGAGGAACUCUUGACUCCUGGAGCUCCGUAUGCAAGGAAGACAUUCACGAUUGUCGGCGAUGCGGUUGGCUGGGGCUUUGUGGUGCGAGGAAGUAAGCCAUGCCACAUCCAGGCUGUGGACCCCAGUGGACCUGCAGCGGCAGCAGGGAUGAAGGUCUGUCAGUUUGUCGUCUCUGUCAACGGGCUCAACGUGCUGAAUGUAGACUACCGCACCGUGAGCAACCUGAUCCUGACAGGCCCAAGGACAAUCGUCAUGGAAGUCAUGGAGGAGUUAGACUGCUGAGCCAUGAGACUUCCCCUCUGGUGCCCCGUCCCAGAACAACCCAGCAAUGACAUGACAAGACUGCCAGACAAAUGGAUAAUUGGGACGUACCGAUCUUUUCUCUGUCUGUACACACCUUGACGUUCAUACAGUGUUCGAAUGUGGAAGAACCGGGUAACACAUCUUUAAAAAACAAAACACA